GUUGGAGCAGCUUUGCCUGUUGAUGUCUUAACAUAUGAGGAAAAAACUCUGUCUGCCAUAUUAAGAGUUGUUAGCAGUGGCCUCGUGAAGCUCUGGAGUGCUCUAACACUGCUGGGCUUCUACCAGAACAGGAGGUGUGCCUUUCGAGUGCUGCAGACAUCUCCGUUUCUUCUUGCGUUAUCUGGCAACAGCAGAGAACUGGUCUUGGACUGAAUGCGGUUGUUGGUUUGAUUGCAUGAAGAAGUUGCUUGAGAUGUUGCAGCCCUUCUGGCGUGGAAUUUCUGGAGGGGAUUUCCGACAAAGAGCCUUGGCAAAGUUAACAGUCAUCAGCUCACUGCUUGCACAUCCCAUACGUCAGAGUUUACACAUAAAAGUUGGGGACAAAGCCGAACUUUCCAAAGCUUUUACACAGAAUGAUGUGGUUACCUUUUCUGAUUUAACAGGUGACACAAAUCCUUUGCAUUUGAAUGAAGAUUUUGCAAGGAAAUCUAGGUUUGGGAGAACUAUUGUACAUGGAGUUUUGAUCAAUGGACUGAUUUCUGCAGUUCUGGGUACUAAAAUGCCUGGUCAAGGUUGUAUAUUUCUCUCUCAGGAGAUCCGAUUUCCAGCUCCUCUCUAUACUGGUGAGGAAGUCUUGGCCACAGCGGAAGUGAAGCGACUGAAGGGCUCUGUUGCACACAUUUCAGUAUCAUGUAAAGUCAAAGAAAGUGGAAAGACUGUUAUGGAAGGGAUGGUGAAAGUCAUGGUGUCAGACAGUUAGAGCUGUUGUUCCUGUGCUGCUUUGCUAUAAAAGGACAGAAAC